GUAACGCUGAGGGAAGAGGCGGCGGCCGCACCGCACUCGGGGAGACGGAGGAGGAUAAGGAAGGGGAGAGGAGGAAGAAGGAGGGCAAGGAGCGGUGGCUCUCGGCGGAUCCUGGUGGCUCCCGGGGUGAGACAGGAAUCUCCAAUUCAUUGCUUGCUGAGUGUCUUGUCUGGUGAAAGUCAUGUCCAUAUUGCCGUUCACUCCGCCAGUUGUGAAGAGACUUCUGGGGUGGAAAAAAUCUGCUGGUGGCACUGCAGGGGCUGGUGGUGGUGAGCAGAAUGGUCAGGAGGAAAAGUGGUGUGAGAAAGCAGUGAAAAGCUUGGUCAAGAAGCUAAAGAAAACAGGACAGCUGGAUGAGCUUGAGAAGGCAAUUACCACUCAGAAUUGCAAUACAAAAUGCGUGACAAUACCAAGCACUUGCUCUGAAAUUUGGGGACUGAGUACACCAAACACGAUAGAUCAGUGGGAUACAGCAGGCCUUUACAGCUUCUCUGAACAAACCAGAUCUCUUGAUGGCCGUCUGCAGGUGUCUCACCGCAAGGGAUUGCCUCAUGUCAUUUACUGCCGCCUGUGGCGCUGGCCAGACCUUCACAGCCACCAUGAACUUAAGGCAAUUGAAAACUGUGAAUAUGCUUUUAAUCUUAAAAAGGAUGAAGUAUGUGUAAACCCUUACCACUACCAGAGAGUGGAGACACCAGUCUUGCCUCCCGUGCUUGUGCCGCGGCACACUGAGAUUCUAACGGAGCUGCCGCCUCUGGAUGACUAUACCCAUUCCAUUCCUGAGAACACUAACUUUCCAGCUGGGAUUGAACCACAGAGCAAUUACAUACCAGAAACACCUCCUCCAGGAUAUAUCAGUGAAGAUGGAGAAACAAGUGACCAGCAGCUGAACCAAAGCAUGGAUACAGGAUCUCCAGCAGAACUGUCUCCUAGUACUCUCUCUCCAGUUAAUCAUAGCCUGGACUUGCAACCAGUUACUUACUCGGAGCCUGCGUUUUGGUGUUCAAUAGCAUAUUAUGAAUUGAAUCAAAGAGUGGGAGAAACCUUCCAUGCGUCUCAGCCUUCCCUGACUGUAGAUGGCUUUACAGAUCCAUCAAAUUCAGAGCGAUUUUGUCUAGGUCUGCUUUCCAAUGUAAACAGAAAUGCUACAGUGGAAAUGACAAGGCGACAUAUAGGCAGGGGAGUGCGCCUGUAUUACAUUGGUGGGGAAGUUUUUGCUGAGUGCCUGAGUGAUAGCGCAAUCUUCGUUCAGAGCCCCAACUGUAAUCAAAGAUACGGCUGGCAUCCUGCAACUGUGUGCAAAAUUCCUCCAGGAUGCAAUCUAAAAAUCUUUAAUAACCAAGAAUUUGCUGCUCUUCUGGCUCAGUCUGUGAAUCAGGGCUUUGAAGCAGUUUAUCAACUUACUAGAAUGUGUACCAUAAGAAUGAGCUUUGUUAAAGGAUGGGGGGCUGAAUACAGGCGGCAGACGGUAACGAGCACUCCUUGCUGGAUUGAGCUUCACCUGAACGGGCCUCUACAGUGGCUGGACAAAGUAUUGACUCAGAUGGGCUCCCCUUCAGUUCGCUGCUCCAGCAUGUCCUAAAACUCUCCUCUGUCACCAGUGGGCUGAAAAUCAAGUUCAGUCAACAGACUUAAUAUAACAGCUCGUCUGUCGUAGUAUUUGUGUGUGGUCCCCAUGAACUGUUUACUAUCUAAAAA